CCCACCACCCUCAUCUCCUCUUUAUAUUUAUUCAACCAUAGACACAACAACAAGAGAUUUAGUAUAACAAAAAAAACUUUACACACACAACAGCAAAGCCAACCAACAAAAAAAAACCACAGAGAGAGAUUUUCUCCUUAUUCAAUGGUGGAAGAAGAAAGUACUUCUUCUAUGAUGCCAAAGCUCAUCACUUUCCUCUCUUCUUUGCUUCAAAGAGUGGCCGAGUCGAACGACGAUCUCGACAACGAAAACAACUCGGCCACUGAAACGCAGAAGAACUCAGCGUUCCAUGGCUUGACUCGCCCAUCAAUCUCUCUUCAAAGCUACCUUGAAAGGAUCUUCAAGUAUGCUAAUUGUAGCAACUCUUGCUUCAUUGUUGCAUAUGUUUAUCUUGAUCGGUUUGCUCAAAGACAGCCAUUGUUGCCCAUCAACUCUUAUAAUGUUCAUCGUUUGCUCAUUACAAGUGUUCUUGUUGCUGCCAAGUUCAUGGAUGAUUCGUGUUACAACAAUGCAUUCUAUGCAAGAGUUGGAGGGAUCAGCACAAGAGAAAUAAACUUUCUUGAAGUGGAUUUCUUAUUUGGAUUAGGGUUUCAUUUGAAUGUGACACCCACCACUUUCCACACCUAUUCCUCUUGUUUACAAAAGGAGAUGUUGCUAUUAAAUCCUCCUUUCAAUAAUAUUUCUCAAAGUACUUCACUGAAUAAUAAAACCCUUUUCAUCACCUUUCAACAAGAUGAACCUAAUUCUUCCCAUCAUCAAAGCCAACAACAACUAGCUGCUUGAAAAUUCACUAAUUAUUUUCAACUUUAGGUAUAUAUAAAAAAAAAAAAAUCCCAUCAUUAUUGAUUAGGGUUUCUUUUUUUUUUCUUUUUUUUUCUUUUUUUUUUUUUGAUGUUGGAGAACUCUAUGGUUUGUGGUUAUAAUGUACAUAGAUAUUGAAAUCCUUUUGGUUGGUAAGAAAUGAGAGGAUAUGAAUGUUUCAAAAAUA